AUGUGUGCGUUCUACAGCGAUGAUGAGUACGAGCAUUUGGGAAGGUCUGGAACGACCGCGGGGCCAGCAUCGUCCCUUGGCCAGUGGCCGCUACCUCCGGGGUCUUUGGCGUCCUCCGAGGGACUUUUCAGACCCAAUGCUCCAGAUCAUGUUCCGUAUUUUUCUGAGUCAUGCCUCAACUCCGGGGAAACAACGAGCCUGACGAGCUUUGAAGAGACCCAAGACUCGAUUAACAUACAUCCUAAUCGUGGCCCCAUUGCUCCACAGCCAGAUUAUGGUUUGCUGGAAGGCAUCGCCGAGAAAUAUGUUCCGCUGGAAGGGGGUAUCCCACAAAAGCUGGAUGAUUUGCCUAUCAGCCGUGAGACCAGCUUUGGUCAGCCUUCAGAUUCCUCUUUGGCUACCCAGCCGCCUAUUCCUCGACCCUUGCUAGGAAUGCCUGAGUCCAUUGACUCCAUGCCCAUAGUACCGCAGUCACUUCAACAUGCCAUGCACCAGGUGAUAACUACGGUGGGGCAGGUGUCCAACAACGCGUGCAAUCUUGAACAACUCUCCAAGGGGAUUGAAAGCCUUGAUAUCAUCAAGAGCUUUUUCAACACUAAAAGCAUGCCACCACCUCCUCCUUCUACUACAGCGUCCAGAGAGCCCGGUAAACAAGAAACGCACAAGUGCCCACUGUGUCAGUCUACGUCAGGAUAUACGUUUGGAUCAUUCAAGCGUCAUCUCGAUAUACAUGGGAUCCGCGAGUGCGAGUACCGCUGCCCUCAAGCAGGGUGCGACAAAAAAUCCCAUCGACGGGACCGAGCACGGUCUCACUAUCUGUCUCACGGACACUAUAUGAGUCCGGCUGAAGUGCCUUUGACUCGAGUGCAUUUCCCCUUCCCCUCGCACUGCCCCGUUUGCCUCGAUAAGAUGUCCUCUUGGGGUGCUUUCUGGAAGCAUUUCCGGGGGCACAGUACCAUUCGUCGUGGCUCCGGCGGCCCUUCAAUCAGUGCUGAUUCGAAUCGUCGGGAUUCAGAUAUCAGCGGGAACGGUGGGAGCGCGAAUGGCCCUGGCCGUGUCUCUUCUGCAGCUGGCCCCAGCAGCUUAGCGGGACAACAUAACCAAACUGGAAAUCACCGCUAUCCUAACUCACACUCUUUUGGAAAUCCCAUGUGGCUUCAAAACAACACUCGUCCAUCAUACUCACUCCGGGAUGACCAGCUGAGUGUAGACCACCGCGAUGAAAGCAACUUUGUCACCGGAGACCAUUUUGCUGCCCCAUUCAAUUCAAGGAGAUCCUUCUCAGCGGGAGUCAACCGACAAUCCAACGAGCCUCUCCAGGACCCAGGAUCAUCGCAAGCAGCAGAUCAAUCUACCAAGCGUAAGCGCUCAAGCAAAGAGAAACAACCAAAGGAUCAAAAGCCAUCCAGCUUCAGAAAAUGCACACGGUGUGACCAUGAUCUCGCCAAGUGUAAGCAAUGCUGCCAGCUCAUGGAUCCUAUUCGUGGCUGUCACAAGUGCUCUGAAGAUUCUGCAGGAGGUAUCCAGAUUCAAGCCCCUUCGCAAGUGCCUGGCCACAGUUCCCAACCUCAAGCACCUACAUUCAUUGAGUUGGACCCAAAUUACUAUGACUCCACCCCUGUUUCAUCCUUUGGACAAGGCCAAGAUACACAGAUGCUGCAGUACCUUUUUAACCCGGGAAUGCAAUAUCAUGAAUACCAAACACAGAUGCAAUCCUUUCCAAGUGAGAGGGACUUUUUUGACUCCAAUUCUCACUUUCAAGACCCUCUCAUUAGGGUGGCGAUGAUUGUCCACGAGCCCACACCGCUAAGAGAUCUUAGCAGCAAAGUGCAAGAGCCAUCUGUCUUCGAAUGUGACUCUAAAUUGUUUCAAAAGAUUGGGCUUGAUUCAUUCAUUGGCCCCCUCCCCAAAGUCCAACACGAAGGAGCCAUCUCAGAAGCCCCAACUGGUCCUCUUUCUGCCUCAUUGUCAGAUAUCGUACCCAAGAUCAGGGAGCCACCAGCCGCUCGCAAGUCUGCCGAGCCUUCAUUGCAAUGCAAUUGCCCUUGUGUCAGAACCCCACCUGUGCAGUAUCGAGCCCAUGCCGGUGCCAAACUGUCUCCCCUCGAGCGUGUCGAAAUGACAUUCAAGAUGUCUCCAGAUAGCCCGCAAGCUAGCCAUUCUCUCCGCACUGGAGUUCAAGUCUUUGUAAGGUUAUUCCGAAUUCGCUCAAAGGUCGCUGAGAUGAGAUCAAAGAAGACAAAGAGAAGAUUGUCUAUUCAGUCUAGAGCCGCUUCCGAUGAGGGCUACAACGCUGGCUCUGACACCGACUCGGCCUGUGAUAUUUCUCCUACACCAGUCUCUGGCUCUCAGUCUGCGCCACUGAUACAGUGUGGAGAAGAAGUGCAAGACUGGACUUUCAGCGUUGAUAUUGGUUGGAUCAUUGCCAAUCUAUCUCAGUGGGCCCGCGGCAUAGAUGCCAAUAUGUGCGCAGAUAUGUUUGACUCCGAUCCGGGUUGCAUACUCGACUUUGUUUCCCUCUACAUCAUGUACAAGUUUAUGUACAAGUUCAAGAUGUCCUGGUAA